AUGGCAAGUAGUUGUGGGAUGUUCUUGGAAAUCCUACUUGCAAUCUUGCUUCCUCCGUUGGGAGUCUUCUUCAGACAUGGUUGCUGUAGUUGUGAGUUCCUGCUUUGCGUGGUACUGACACUCUUAGGUUAUAUACCUGGGAUAAUCUACGCCAUCUAUGCAAUAGUUGUUCGCGAUUCAUAUCCGGACGAUGAGUGGCGUCCUCUCAAUGCCUAG